GACUUGCCGUUGCAAGUGGAGUAUUUGGAGAGGGAAGUGGUCCGAUUCUUUUACAUAGAGUACAGUGUUCCGGUAAUGAAAACAAUAUACUUGACUGUGCGCAUUCAACAACACAUAAUUGCAGCCAUGCAAAAGAUGUUGGUGUAAUAUGUUUUCUUCCAAAUCGCAAUAUAAGAUUUUCUAAUGGAAAAUCCCCUAGCGAAGGUGUAGUUGAGAUUAUGAUAAACGGAAAAUGGGGAGCUAUCAGUGAUGAACUGUGGAAUGCAAAUGAUGCACACGUAGCGUGUCGGUCUCUUGGAUAUUCUGGGGGCCUCCCGACUGCUUCGACCGUAUUCGGAGAGGGAAAUUCACAUAACUGGUUGGACGGAAUUAAUUGCACAGGGCAUGAAGUUUCUCUAUUGCAAUGUUCAAAAUCAGUCAUAGGAGCAAACAGUCACAUUUCUGGGCGGAAUGCCGGUGUCAUUUGUUAUCCUUCUACAGGUGUUAUAAUCAGGAUUGUUAACGGGAGCUCUGCACAAGAGGGUCGGAUAGAAGUUUUGAUAAAUGGUCAAUGGAGAAGUGUUUGCGACGGAUAUUGGGACAGAAGGGAAGCUGAUGUGACUUGUAAAGUUUUGGGAUAUUCAGGAGGUCUCCCAGCUCAUUCGUCCGCAUUUGGAGGGGGUGAUAAAGAUGUGUGGUUGGAUGGCCUCAAUUGUAAUGGAAAAGAAAGCUCCUUGUUAGAGUGUUCUCAUUCUGUAGUUGGAUCUAGUAGCUGCGGCUAUAGUAAUAGGGCCGGAGUCGUAUGUUACCAUGCAAGGAAUG